UGGAGGGCUGCUUCCUCGUGCACGUUGUACCAUCUCGUUUGGUGUCUCCUGCUGCAAACCCCUCCACUCGGGUUCUCUUGUUUCUAAUUGGUCGCUAAGCUCGCGCCCCUUUGCCGGCCGCAGGUAUAAAUAGGACCCUUCAGACCUUUACAGACCCUUGUCAUGUCCAACUCUCCUGUUAAGAAGCAGAAGAUGGAGUCCGCGCUGGAACAGCUCAAGCAGCACACGGUGGUGGUAGCUGACACCGGAGACUUCAAUGCCAUUGCAGAAUACAAGCCCCAGGAUGCUACUACAAACCCAUCGUUGAUACUUGCAGCAGCUCAGAUGCCGGACUACCAGCAACUGGUGGAGGAUGCUAUUCAGUAUGGAAAGAAGCUUGGAGGGUCAGAACAGGAACAGAUCGAUAACAUCAUGGACAAGCUGUUUGUUUUGUUUGGCAUUGAAAUCCUUAAAAAGAUCCCUGGCCGUGUAUCUACAGAAGUAGAUGCUAGGCUGUCUUAUGACAAGGAUGGGAUGAUUGAACGUGCUAAGCGCAUCAUUGCACUUUACAAGGAAGCAGGGAUCGACAAGAAAAGGAUCUUGAUCAAGCUCUCUUCAACCUGGGAAGGCAUUCAAGCUGGGAAAGUUCUGGAAGAGGAUUAUGGCAUUCACUGCAACAUGACCCUGCUGUUUUCGUUCGCCCAGGCUGUUGCGUGUGCUGAGGCUGGUGUCACCCUGAUAUCUCCCUUCGUAGGUAGAAUCUUGGAUUGGCAUGUGGCAAAUUCUGACAAAAAGAGCUACGAGCCCUCAGAGGACCCAGGUGUUCAGAGCGUAACCAAAAUCUACAAUUACUACAAGAAGUUUGGCUACAAAACCAUAGUAAUGGGAGCUUCUUUCAGAAAUACCGGUGAAAUAACGUCGCUGACUGGCUGUGAUUACCUUACCAUUUCACCCAAACUUCUAGGGGAGCUGAGCAAAGAUAGCAGCAAACUUACGCCAACACUUACGGUUAAAUCAGCCCAGGCCAGCAAUCUGGAAAAGAUACACCUGGAUGAGAAGGAUUUCCGCUGGCUACAUAAUGAAGACCAGAUGGCUGUGGAGAAACUCUCUGAUGGUAUAAGAAAGUUUGCUGCGGAUUCCAUCAAGUUGGAAAAAGUUCUACAGGCACGGCUGGGCAGUGAAAAGAAUGGGAAAUGAGGCUUUUCCAGGCAUUUUUUGUUUUGUACUUAAUCAAACUAUUCCAAUCAUUCCUUGCUUAAUCCACAGAAUUUCUGGCAUCCUUCAUUACGCAUAUUUUUUACAUUAAAGGUUUUAAUGGUAUUACAAGGUCCAAAUAGCCAUUCAAAUGUAUAUUUUUUUGUAUUGGUAUUUUGAUGCACUGAUUAAACCGGCACUUCCCCCAAAA